AUGCUGACCGCCCUCGCACCGCUAUCCCUGCCCGGGGUCUCGCAGCGGCUGCCCGCUCCCGCGCAGCGCCAAGACUCCUCGGGUUCGUCAAGCUCCUACCACACGGCCCCCGGUUCUCCAGAGCCCCCGGAAUCUGGGCCGGACGCGGAACGCCUGACCAUCUGGCCCUGGGUGGCCCCUGGGCAGGGGGCGGGCGCGCAGCCUCGCCUGUCCGUCAGCGCCCAGAAUAGCCGCCAGGAUCCCUGGUCCGGCUCGGGUUUCCCGCGAGGUCCGGGCUCCGGCCCGCGGCCACCCCAGCCCCAGCUGCGCGUGCUGCCGUCGGGGGAGAUGGAAGUCAUCUUCAGCACCGGGCCCCUGUUUGGCCGCUCGGCCGUGGAGGACCACGAGGUACCCGCCUGCAAUAGCCCUUCGCCUUCGCCUCCGUGUCCAGGGUCUCCCAUCCUCGCCUCUCCGCAGCCGCAAGCCCCCGACGGUAGCUCCCACUGGGCCACUUACCUGGAAUUGCAGCCCCGCGGGCCCAGCCCAGCCCCCUCGGCACAGUUCGAGUGUGUGGAGGUGGCGCUGGAAGAGCGCACAGCGCCCGUCAGGAAUCGGACGGUGCCCAAGCGCCAGAUCGAGCUGCGCGCGCGACCCCGGAGCCCCCCACAGGUGGCCAGCGACGCGCGCCCACGACUGCUGCUGCGCACCGGAUCCCUGGAUGAGUCUCUGGGCCGCCUGCAGGCAGCCGCGAGCCUCGUGCAGACGGCGCUGGCCAGAAAAUUGGCUCAGAGUAGCGCCACCUUUGGGCCCACAGUGCACCCAGAACCAGCGGAUCGGGCAGCUCGCAGCAGCCGAGUGAGCCCAGAGGAGGCCCGGUCUCGACCACCCCGCGCACACAACAGCCCGGUGGCCCCCCGAGUCCCACGGCCCUGGCCAAGCCUCCGCGAGCGUGCGAUUCGGCGCGACAAGCCUGCGCCUGGAACUGAGCCGCUGGGCCCCGUCAGUUCGAGCAUCUUUCUGCAAUCAGAGGAGAAGAUACAAGAGGUUCGCAACCAAGGCCCCAAGACUAGGCUCACCCAGAGGGGGCCUCCAGGUCGGACCAUCCCGAGGGCACGGAGUCCAUCUUUCGAGUUCAGGGACUCCUGGGAGGUUCCGGGCAAGGCGGUGAGGCCGAGGAGCCCGUCCCCUCCGUGGCAGGCUUCAAAUGGGGCAGGGCGGGGUCCUCGCUGCCCAUCGCCCGAGCGUCUGUCCCCGGGGGAUCAGGUCGUCCGCAGGGUGAGUUGCCCUUCGUUCUCUGAACCCACUUCUGUGGGGGGAAACCAGGAUCCCGCCGUCGAGGAAGCAGUCAGUAGGAGGAACCCUCCCAGUCCUUGGGUCAUUUCCCAAUGGAGUCAGCGGGUGACCAGAGCGAGAAGUCCAUCCCCUGAAGCGCUUUGCCCGUGGGAGGCUCCGUAUGCGGCAGGCAGGGAUGCCCUGGGACGGCGUGGUAGGGCCCCAUCCCCGCCGACCGAGUUUCCUUGGGAAGCUCCGAAUCGUCCUACUAGGACCGGGAGCCCACCGCCUCAGGAGACCUGGGACGCUCUGAAUGGAAAGGCUAUGGAGGAGGCGGCGCCGCGCACGCCGUCCGCGCCUGGCACUCCAGAACCACUGGACGUGCAGCCUCGGUCCACGCGGGAGAUCCCGGACCUGGCCUUCCGAGGCUGUCAGCUGUCGCCUGGAGUGGCUGCAUCCCAACUGCCCCACGGUCACCUGGCAGGCCCUCCAGACGCCGAGGCACGCCCCGAAGCUGCCAGCGCUGGAGACGCAGCCUCUGGACGCCCACGAGUGGCCAUUCCACGGCCACGGGACGUGCGCAAGAUCGUUAAGACCACGUACGCGCCCAGCUUCCCCGCGGCGAGCUCGACCCCAGCGCCGCUGGCUCUAGCUCCCGCUCCUCCGGCCGAGCCCUGCGCGGAGGAGGGCGAGCCGACCCAGACGCAAGAGCUCCUUCAGGCUCCGGACCCUGAGCCUUCCGCCCCGGCUCACUACACUUCCAUUUUUCUCAAGGACUUUCUUCCAGUCGUGCCGCAUCCCUACGAGUCCCCAGAGCUGCCCCUCGACGCAGUCUCCUGCGACGCUCCGCAGCCCAACGGGAUCCCGCGGCGGAGGGCGGAGAACAGCACGGCGAAACCCUUCGCGCGCACCGAGAUCCGUCUGCCUGGCGCCCUGGCCUUGGGCCGUCGGCCGGAGGGCGCCCCGGCUGUCCGAGCUCCCGGUCCCUGCGGACAGAGCCGGGGUGUCGAGGCCCAGCGCCUCGUGCCCGACGGUGGGGGCCGGACCAGCCCUCCAGGGGGCGCUCGCGCCUCACCCCAGCGGUCCCCCGUGAGGCCCGGACCGCCGCGCCCCGGCUCCCCACAGGAGCACCCUAACUCAAGUCUUGGGGUCGCACCCCAACUGGAAACAGCGCGGGCGGCCCCCGAGCCCGCGGCUGCUGUGCCGGCGCCUCUCGCGUCCGAGCCCCGAGCUGCGGCCCCGCGCCAGCCCCGCGCCUCCUCCGCGCCGCCCACGGACCGCUCUCCGCAGUGCCCGACUCAGGGGCUGCGCAGACCGCCCGGCAUGGCACAGCCGGGAAAGGUCCUAGUGGACCCCGAGAGCGGUCGCUACUAUUUUGUGGAGGCGCCUCGGCAGCCGAGGCUGCGUUUGCUGUUCGAUCCUGAGAGCGGGCAGUACGUGGAGGUGCUCCUGCCGCCCUCGCCCGCCGGGCCGCCGCGCCAAGUCUACGCACCGCUGGGCCUGGGAGCCGGCCUCUAUCCGCCCGCCUACGCACCUGUCCCCGGCCUCUCGCUGCCGCCGUCCCCGGGCCCCCCGGCCCUCGGCAGCCCCCAGCUGCCCUGGGCCUCAGAGCUCGGUUCCCUGGACGGGCUGUACCACCUGGCGGUGAGCGGGCCCUCCAGCCCCGCCGCGCCGCCGCUGCUCCUCUGCGCUCCGCCCCCCAGCUCGGGGCCCGCCCAGCCGGGCAAGGGCUCCGUGUUCCCCUUAUGA